AUGACUGCCUCCUACGGCCGUGGCGGCGCGGGCAACAUCUCCAAUGCCUCUUACCCCCCACUCUCCUACAAGGACCUCCAAACUCCCACUCUCAAAACCUCCGUCUUCACCACCGGACGUGGUGGUUCCGGAAACAUGGCCGCGAACAACGACCCCAAGGAAGCUCGCCUUCGCCAGGAUGUUGAACCAGUCGUCCGCCGAGCAAGCUCCGGUGCCCAAUACUCUGGCCGUGGUGGUGCCGGUAACAUCUUCCACGCCGAUGAGCUCACUUUGAGCAAGUCCCACGAGUGCGCCGUCGAUGAUGGCUCCUCCGCCAAGAGCAUCGACCUCUCCUUCGCCAACAAGGGCAUGCAGUGGCUCCGCAGCAGGAAGUAG